AUGCCGUGCUCGGUCGCCCAGUCCCGCCCCGCUCCACACAAGCUCUCCCCCGACCACGGCAGCAUCGACACGUCGCCUCCCCGCACGGCCAGGUACCUGCAGCAUGGCAGCUACCCCGUGGUCAAUCCGGAGAACGCGUCGCAGCCGGCUGAGCUGUACGAGCGGCGCGCGGGGCUGCUUCGCCUGGCACUGGUGACCGGCACGCUGCCACACGAGCCGACCCGGCUGACAGUAGCGGCGCCGCUGGACGGGCCCUGGUACGCCGUGGCCUACAUCGCGCCCUGGGACCGCGCCGUGGCACAGCAGGUGAGCCGUCGCUGGACGGGCCCUGGUGAGCCGUCGCUGGACGGGCCCUGGUAUGCCGUGGCCUACAUCGCGCCCUGGGACCGCGCCGUAGCGCAGCAGGUGAGCCGCUGCUACAGCGGGGGCGACGGCCAGGAACACGAGGUGCGGGUCUGUGUGGGGGUGCUGUUCUGGGACCAGGCCGUGGCUCAGCAGGGGUCUGGUGGCAGCAGGGGCAUCACUCACAGGUGUUUGUACAGUCUGGGCUCGAUCGGGUACUGGCACCAGGAGCGUCCCCAGCUGCUGGAGACCAACCGACCUCUCACCAUACGCACCAUCGCGCGGACAUCCUACUUCAAAUUCCACGUGCCGUCGGACACGGAGUCGGUGUCGGUGCGGGUGUCAGGCUGCCGCGUGGUGGAGCCCGCUGGCUGGCGCUGCGGGCCGCGCGCCCUUCCAACCAGCGCGCCAUCACAGGACGCCGCCUCGCCAGAGGACGCGCCCGUGGGCCAGCUGAACAUCAGCGGGGUCCGCGAGGGCCGCACGUACCGGCUGGAGCCGGACCAGCUGUGGCUCGACGCCUACUACCACCUGGCCGUGGUGGCCGAGAGCAACGCCGUCGUCAACCUCACCGUCACCCUGACACACUGCGAGUUCGUCGCCUCCGAGGGCCGGCCGCCGACUGCUGACGUCACGGCUGACGUCAGCGGUGGACGGCAGACGAACGGCUCCGUAGCGCGGCCGACGUCACCGCGCUGCUGGCCGCUUACGGAGCUGACACGCAUCAAGUACGCGCAGGACUUCACCGACACCUUCCUGGCUGUGAACGCGGCCUUCUACUACACGUGGGUGCACCUGACCGACCGCCGGCCGCACUCGGUGCGGUUCGAGACGCGAGAGUUUGUCGACGUGGGUGGCACCCUGUAUGUGGACCUGCAGCUCAACAAGCUGCUGACGAACGACUCUGCCCAGGUGGUGACAGUGGAGUGCUGCCUCUCGGCGCACGUGCUGCCCGUCUCGGCGGCCGGCCGGCUCCGCUGCGAGCCGCCACUGGCCUUCCGACUCAGCUCGGCAUCCGAGGCCGAGACGCGCGCCAUCCGCCUGCUGCCCUUCCCAGAGCCGGCCGUCUGGUACAUCAGCAUGGUCACCCGCUGCAGCUCGCGACGGUCGGGCGCCACGCUUCCCUGCGUCCGCUCCAAGUACCUAGUGAACCUGGACGUGCACACGCAGCCGUGUGUGUGGCCGGACGCGCCCUGCGGCCGGCACGGCACCUGCCGCGAGACCCACCGCGGCCAGCACUACUUCACAUCCUGCAGCUGCCGGGCCGUGACAGCUUCUGUCCCCAGGUUACCGUAG